GUUAACCUCAUUCAUAUUUAUUAUUUUGUGCUUAGAAUAUAGAUAGAUUAUUAGUGUUCUAAGAUUUUGUGACAAUUUUUUAGAAUAGCUUCAACCUGGGUAAGUUUUCAAACUUUAAAUAUGGAUUUCGAAGCUCUAGGAGAAUUUGGUAAUAUAAAACAAAAAGUGGCCAAUUUACACAAUGCUAUUGAUAAAUUAGAGAAAAUGGUGGAGACUGCCCUAAGUGAAAAUAUGAGAAAGGAAUAUGCAAAAAUUACUACAAAAGAAAAAACAGAUUUUGAUUUAUUAAUGGCUAUGACAUUAAACAUGUUAUAUUGGCUACAUCUAAAUGCCAUAGGAGAAAACCCUGCUGAACAUGAUGUGAAGGAACAGCUUGCAAGAGUGAAAGAAUUCAUGAAUAAAGUUAAAGAGGCCCAUGAAAGACAAACAAUUAGACCAAAAUUAGAUCUCCCAGCUGCAAAGAGAUUCAUCAAACAUGGGCUGAAUAGUGAAAGUGAGGAAAGUGAAAAAAGGCCUAAUAAAAAAAUAAGAUUUUCAUAUUAGAUGUGGGUCUUACUUUGAGCAUUCUUUGGGUAACCUGAUAUGGUCCUAAAGAACAACCAUAAAAUGUACGUCCCCUGCAUACAUUAUAGCAGACCAACAAUGAUGAAAAAAAUAAUUAGUCUCAUUAAUUGAAAAUGACAAAGCUGAAUUAAUUGUUAGUUAACAAUAUGGCUUCUAACUUCUAAGUAUUGUGAUUGAAAUUAUUCCUUUUACUUUUGUUGGUGGUACUUAUGCUCAAAGUGAGAUACAUAAUUAUUUCUGAACAAGAAGAAAGAGAAAUAGUAUUUUUUUAAUAAAUAAUUAUCUACUCUCUUACUCUGUAAAUAAAAUAGAUGUAUCAUGUAUAUAUUUUGAAAAAUAAAGAAUUCAAACUGG